UGAAAAGUCCAAACGUGCUUCAUUCCAACUUCAUUUGGUUGUUUGCAGUGUUUGUCAAUACAAGUGUAGAGCAAACCAACAUUAUUGUCAUGGAGAAGCUUAACGAUGACCUGGUCAAGCACAAGGACUAUGUAUAUGCAAAAUACUUUUCCUCCGCUGAGCUUAUUGACUCUCUGCAGACAUUUGAGAUCAGGGACAGUGACAUUUUUCUAGUCACUUAUCCAAAGUCAGGAACCAUCUGGACACAGCAGAUCAUCACGUCUAUCUGUGGUCAAGAGAUGUUGGAUGUCUACAAAAACAAUUGUGAGAAGAUGCCAUGGCUGGAGCGUAAAGGUGAAGGACGCGACUAUUCCUUGCGCCCCAGCCCGCGGCUGUUUACCUCCCACCUCACCCCAGCACUCAUGCCCCCAGGCCUGAAAACCAGGAAGGCAAAGAUCAUCUAUGUGAUGCGCAAUCCGAAGGACAACGUGGUCUCCUACUAUCACUGGAGUUUUAACUGGGCCGCGGUUAACAACCCAAAGAGCUUUGAGGACUUCCUGGAUCGGUGGUUAGAAGGGAAUGUUUGUGGUGCGUCCUGGUUUAACCACAUCAAAAAGUGGCAUGGCAAGAGAGACCAGUACAACAUCCUGUUCCUGACCUACGAGGACAUGAUCCUGGAUCUGAAAACAGCCGUGACAAAGAUCUGCCGCUUCCUGGAGAGGGACCUGAGUGAAGCAGAAAUCGACAAGAUAGUGGAAAAAUCGACAUUUAAGAACAUGAAGCAUGACCCCAAGGCGAACUAUGAUUUCCUACCGGAGGACAGGCUCAAGAAGGGCCAGUUUCUACGCAAGGGAACUAUCUGGGCACAGCAGAUCAUCACCUCUAUCUGUGAAAAAGACAUAGGUGAUGUCUACCACAACAACUUGGAGACGAUGCCAUGGCUGGAGUAUACAGAAAAACGCCCUGACUACUCCUUGCGCCCCGACCCGCGGCUGUUUGCCUCCCACCUCACUCCUGCACUCAUGCCCCCAGGCCUGAAAACCAGGAAGACAAAGAUCAUCUACGUGAUGCGUAAUCCAAAGGACAAUGUGGUCUCCUACUAUCACUGGUGUUUUAACUGGGCCGCGUUAAAGAACCCAAAAAGCUUUGAAGACUUCCUGGAUCAGUGGUUAGCAGGGAAUGUUGGUGGUGCGUCCUGGUUCAACCACAUCAAAGACUGGCAUGGCAAGAGAGACCAGUACAACAUCCUGUUCCUGACCUAUGAGGACAUGAUCCUGGAUCUGAAGACAGCUGUGAUGAAGAUCUGCUGUUUUCUAGAGAAAGACCUGAAUGAAGCAGAUAUCAACAAGAUAGUAGAAAGGGCCAGCUUUAAGAACAUGAAGCAUGACCCCAAGGCCAACUAUGAGUUCUUACCGGAGGACAUACUGAAGAAGGGCCAGUUCCUACGCAAAGGUAAAGUUGGGGACUGGAAGAACAUGUUCACCGUGGCCCAGAAUGAGAGUUUUGACCAGAUCUUUGAGGAGCAGAUGAAGGAUGUACCUCUGAAAUUCAUCUGGGACAUAGAUCAGCCAUCAUACUGAUUGGAGUCUCAACUAGCUGGCUUCCUAUUCCACGCCUUCAGGAGAUUCUGAAUAACAGUAGUCAGGGUGGACACAAUUCAAUGUGAUAAUUUAAUUUUAAAAAGCUAUUAAGAAUAGCCAAUUAAAAAAAUCGAACAAUAAACUCAUUCUCAUACAUUGUUCAUUAAGUAAUGUUCUAUGAUUCAAUGAUUCUGGAGAUAGCUAGCUAACCAGAAAAUGCAACCUAACAAAAUGGAAACCAUAUGAUAUACCAGAUAUAUCCUCAAGCAAUU